AUGUACAAGGCAACACUUCCAAAUGGUUGGUUUCUUGCAGUUAAGAGGUUGCAGAAUGACUCUGAACAAUGUGAGAGCCAAUUCAUAGCUGAAUUAUUGGCUUUGAGCAGAUUGAGACACGAAAACUUAAACCCGCUGUUGGGCUUUUGCAUAGAAAGGAAUGAAAAGUUUCUGGUUUACAAAUACAUGUCAAAUGGUAACCUUCAUGAUUGGUUAUAUCCUGUAGAAGGUGACAAUAAGGUUUUGGAGUGGCCUUUGCGGGUCAAAAUUGCAAUAGGAAUAGCUAAAGGAUUGCCAAACAUAUCGAAUUUUGGGAACUCGAUCAUAUCAAACCAUGGAGGGGCAAUGUUUGUGUAUCCAAAUGACAAUGAUUCGGGUUUGUUAGUAAAUAGUGGGGUCUGGGAAUCUGAUUUUGUUAAGAAAGAUGUUUAUAACUAUGGAAAUGUGCUUCUUGAGCUCAUUACAGGAAGAAAAACAAUAUCUAGUUCUUCUUGUAGUAGUAUUCACGUGAUUUUGCAGGAAUUAUUUGACCAUCUUCCAAAUAGCAGUGCUUCUUCUCUUCUGAAUGACAUCAUUGACAAAUCUUUGAGUGGGAUAGGAAUUAAUGGUGAGAUCUUGCAGUUCCUCAAAAUAGCAUCAGACUGUGUUCAGCCAUUUCCAUAUCAAAGACCAACAAUGCUUGACGUGUACAAAAGAAUAAGCAGUUUUGGAGAAAGAUAUGGAAUCAAAAGUGAUCCGAGAAUAUAG